GGGCGGGCGAGGAGGCGGGCGGGCGCCGCUUCCAGUAAGUCGGCUUGGGGCCGCCGCGUCCGGCACCGUCGCUGCAGCCGCGAGCGGAGCCAGGCGAGGGCUGCAGCCGGCGGUCGCGCAUCGCCCGCCCCGGCCCGGCCCGAUGCCGCAGCCGCGCUGAGUUUGCCGCCCGGUGUCCGGCCGCGGGGCCCAGCAUGGCGGAGGCGCCGGCGCUCGUGGACAUCGACCCCGACUUCGAGCCGCUGCCGCGGCCGCGCUCCUGCACUUGGCCGCUGCCCCGGCCGGAGUUCAACCCGCCCAGCUCGGCCACGUCCAGCCCGGCGCCGUCCUGCGGGGGGCAGCCCGAGGGCGCCGCGUCCUCGGCCGCGCCGCUCGGCGUCGACUUCAUCAGCAACCUCCGCCUGCUGGAGGAGAGCGAGGACUUCGAGCCGCCCCUGCGCGCCGCCGCCGCCGCCGCCGCCGCUGCUCCCGCGCCCGGCGCCUGCCUCUGCGGGGACUUCCCGUGCCAGGAGUCCGGCUGCCUGCAUCGCCCGCCGCCGCCGCCGCCGCCGGGCCCCCAGCUGCAACCCCCGCAGCAGCCGCCGGUGCCCGCCCUGCCCUCGGCGCCGCUGCCCCGCAAGAGCAGCUCGUCCCGCCGCAACGCCUGGGGCAACCUGUCCUACGCGGACCUCAUCACCAAGGCCAUCGAGAGCUCCCCCGAGAAGCGGCUCACGCUGUCCCAGAUCUACGAGUGGAUGGUCAAGAGCGUGCCCUACUUCAAGGACAAGGGCGACAGCAACAGCUCCGCCGGCUGGAAGAACUCAAUCCGUCACAAUCUGUCCCUGCACAGCAAGUUUAUUAGAGUGCAAAAUGAGGGGACAGGAAAAAGUUCUUGGUGGAUGCUUAACCCAGAAGGAGGAAAGAGUGGAAAGUCUCCACGGAGAAGAGCAGCAUCCAUGGAUAACAACAGCAAGUUUGCAAAAAGCAGAGGUAGAGCUGCCAAGAAAAAAGCAGCCCUUCAAUCAGGCCAGGAAGGAAAUGGCGACAGCCCAGGGUCACAGUUUUCAAAGUGGCCUGCAAGCCCCAGCUCUCACAGUAACGAUGACUUUGAUAACUGGAAUACAUUUAGACCUAGAACUAGCUCUAAUGCUAGUACAAUUAGUGGAAGACUUUCUCCAAUUUUGCCAGAACAGGAUGAUCUUGGAGAUGGGGAUGUACACCCUAUGUCAUACCCUCCAUCAGCAACCAAAAUGGCUUCUACUCUCCCCAGCCUUUCAGAAAUGAGUAAUUCUGAAAAUAUGGAGAAUCUCUUGGAUAACCUCAAUCUCUUGUCACCUAAUACAUCAAUGACUGUAUCAACCCAGUCUUCACCUGCUACAAUGAUGCAACAAGCACCAGGUUAUUCAUUUACAUCAUCAACCACGAGUAUAGGUUCACCAAAUCCAGACUACAGAAAAUUUACAUAUGUUCAAGCUAGCAUAAACUCUUUGCCCCAGAUGCCUUUGCAGACUCUUCAAGACAGUAAAUCAGGCUAUGGACCAAUCAGCCAGUAUAACUGUUCUUCUCCAGGACUCCUGAAAGAGUUACUGACUUCUGAUUCUCCUACCCACAAUGACAUCUUGGCAUCAGUAGAUACUGGUGUUCCUCAGCCCAGUGGUAGAGUAUUGGGCCAAAAUGUGCUGAUGGUCUCUAAUUCAGUGAUGCCAACGUAUGGUAAUCAGCCAUCACACAACAAAAUGAUGACUCCCAAUGCCCGCCCACACCAAGGACAUAAUCAGCCAACACCUGCAGUCAAUGGCCGUGCCUUGUCACAUACCGUGAACAGCAUGUCACAUACUUCAGGUUUAAAUCGCUUGUCCACGGUGAAAACUUCAUUACAAGUGCCUAUGAGUCACCCAAUGCAGAUGAAUACUAUGAACCCUUAUGCUCCUGUUAAUAGCUGUAAUGGCUAUGGAAGAGUGGGAAUUGUUUCUCUCCAUCAGGAGAAGCUCCCAAGUGACUUAGAUGACAUGUUAAUUGAACGGUUGGACUGUGACAUGGAGUCAAUUAUUCGUAAUGACCUUAUGGAUGGAGAAACUCUAGAUUUUAACUUUGACAGUGUGUUACCUAACCAAAGUUUUCCACACAGUGUAAAGACAACCACACAUAGUUGGGUGUCAGGCUAGGAUUUAAUAGAAGGCUACAGUGUAAAGUUCUUCAGACUUGUCUGACAGCAGGAACUGAGAAAAGCAGUCCAAAGAUGUCCUUCACCUUCCUUUUAGUUUUCUUGAUAAAACUGUUCUCUCUUUUUCCUUGCGUCAGAGUUGGCAGCAGAGAGAGUUUUCCUGUACAGGAUGUUUGCCCAGUGUUUGCAGGUUAUGUGCUGCUGUAGAUAAGAACUGUGCCAUUGGAAAUGUCAUUACUCUGAAGUGCCAAAUUCACUACACCAUAUAAUCACAGAAAAUACUUUUACAUCAUGUUGUACUUUCAGUUUUGUACGGUAUGAGCUGUAGAUGCAGACAUGUUUUUUUAAGAAUAUCCAUUUGGUCCAGGAAAAAUUGUAAACUUUUUGUAACAAUACUGUGAUGAUCUCAUGCCCUCUAAGUUUUAACUUGUGCUGAUGUUACCUGUGUUCUGAUGAAGCAAGAGGCUUGUUUUGCAGCUGUAUGAACUGCCUUACAUGUAUUAAAACUGCUGCACACUUCAUAUGAGAAUAGAGGAGUCUCUUAAAUAUGGUCCAGCUGAACUCACUGACUAGUCAAAUGGUCAAAACAAACAGUAGUUUAAAUGCCAAUUUGGUAGGAUACCUAUCUGUCUGUAAAUUUAUACAAGCUUAUAUCUGGAUCUAGUUUUCAGACUAAUGAAUUUAUUGUUGGACUUGAGAUAACUUUUGGAAUAGUUAUCAGACUAUUUUUAUUAUACUUAAAGUCUACUUUGUUACAUAAUCUACUUUAAAAUUUACAGAAUUGGAGAUCUGGCAGCAUACGUAACCUCUUCAUUUUGUACAGUAUUUUAACUAGAUUAAGCAAACAUUUUAUAUAUUUGUCCAGCACUUUGGAGUGCUAAUAAAGAAAAGCUUAACAAGUAUCUUGAAGACAGCAUUUCUGGCCCCUUUUUUGGCAAGAGUGAUGUAUAGAUAGAUACUUUCCCUCUUAUGUUUAGGAAAUAUUUAAUCAUUUUUAUAUAUAUGCAUUUUUAGAAACCUCAUCUGCUUCUAUUCCCAUUUUAACUCUGACUACCACAAAGUGUUAAGUAUUCAUUCUUAAAUGCUUGUACAGUGCUUCAUGUUGUAUUUAUUUCAUGGAGGUCUCAUAAUGUUUGUGGACUCGAAAGCAAGACCUUUUCUGUAAGAAUGUUUACGUUGAAUACAAUUAGAAUCUCCAUUUAGCAGUAGUUGCCCUGUCUGUCAGUGUUUCUGUUCUAAGGGGGGAUACAAGUGCUCUUUUAAAGGAGGGACUGACAUUUCAGGAAAAAAAGUAUUUGUUCUUUUCAAUGUGUCCAAAAAAAAGGGGGGGGGAGUUGAUUAGGAGGCAAAAUAAUACAAAUCAUUUUAUUUUGGAGGUAAGACAUAGUGCUAGUUACCUAAGUGCCAGUCCUGCAUAUCCUGAUUCACAGUGAAUAGUCCCACUGACAUCCAGAUGAUAGUUCACAGGUUUGGGCCUUCAGCUGGUAAAUAAUUUUGGCUUUUAUGUAGGUAAAUUGUGCUUUUGACAUGAGUGGAGUGUUAAGCCUGAUUGUCUGUCAUUGGUUAUUGCACAUUCCUUGCAUUAAAAUAUUGAGUAUUUUCAUUAUGCGUUAAAAGUAUUUAUGGUUUUGAAAAUAGGCCAAGCUAUUGGCAAGGGUGGUAGGGGAUGCAUUUUUUUUCUGGCCCACUAAUGGAAAGUGAUUACAAUCCAAAUUUAUCUCCUGUUUCUUCCAUUAUGCUUCACAAUCAUUUGUGGGAUAUUUAAACUUAACGUGGAACUUUUCUGGGGUAGCUUUUGCAUUUGUCCUUGUAUUGGGCCCAAAUCACUUCUCAUAACAGCUGGGUUCUUCUGUUUUCUUGUUUCAUUUGUCAGCAGUCUUUAGCAUUUGUGUCAGAUAGCGACAUGUUGCAGGCCACCCCACUGUGGAAUCCUUUUUUAAACUUUGGUUGUGCAGCAUGGGGUGUUCAAUAUUGGAAAAUCUCUUUAAACAGCCUGCAUCUGUUGCCAAGUAACUAGUAAUAUUUUUUCUAUCAAAUUAAUGAUACUGGAUCAUAACUCUUGGCUGUGGAACAAGCAGAAGACUCUUAGGCUGCAUCCACACAAGCGUGGAUGUUUGGUUCCCUGGGGACAGUGAGCAGCAGUGCACCUUUUGCUGCUGUUAGUUGUCCUUGGGGAAUGCCCGUGCCUCAUGCCCUCUGGGCUGUAGCAGGUAACCCUGGGUGGGGAAGGGGAGGCUGGGGCCAGAACUGAGCUGGCCCCAGCAGCCUUACCUCGGGUCCUGGGGGCCUCUUGGGACUGCAGCAGCAGCGAUCCAUGGCUGCAGCUGGCCUGGCUCAGGUUUUGAGCAGCGCGCGCUGCCCCAGCAUGUGCUGCCCACUAUUUUUUGCAUUUUUUUUGACCCCUGGAUAUCCCUAUGAUGCCGCAGACAUGUCUGCAGUGCCAUGUACUGCACAGCCACGCUUGUCUGGAUGUGGCCUUAGAGUAUAGUUUUCAAAGGGCCUCCUUUCUGGUGCAAGUGCAAGAUUUAUGCUAACCAAUGGCAUUGACAUGUAUAGGUCAACCAGGAAGUCCAUACAGUUCACCUGUACAUGCUACUUCCACGUGCGCAAAAAGAAAACCAUUGGGAUUUCAUCCUUUGGCACUGCAGCUGAACAUGCUACAUUUUAAAAUAAUAACAUAACCCUGUUAUUUUUAUUGCUACUGUGUCACUUCCCUGUAUACAAAAUAUUUUCUUUUUUCCUUUUUAAUUAUUGAGUUUAAAUGUAGCAAUUAAUUAAAGUUAACUGCAGGAAGCCAUGCUUGAUGUUUGAUCAUCCUCAGAAAAGAGAACUGUAGAUGGUAGAAGUUUUUGCUUUGCAUGGUUGGAUUCUUUUGAUUAUGUAUAUUGAACUUCUAAUGUUGUGCAUGCAAUUGUAGGAUACUGUGAAAUCUAAUGAAGGGUAUGUUGUCUGUCUCUAAAGCAAACAUUAUGUGACCUCUAGUAAUAAAUUCUUUUCAGUAGAAGUACCAAAUUUCUGGAAUAACUUUGUCAGAAUUGUUGUAAAUGAACGCUUUGUGAAUUGUGCAAAUGAUCUUACCUAUGCAGCCUUGUUUUUGACUUUUUUCUGGUUUGUACUGUUAUUAAAGGUAUAUUGUAUUAUAGAGCUGUUCAAAUAUUUUAAAUAUAAAGAUGUAUUGUUUCCAUAAUAUAGUUAUAUAUGUUUAGGUAGUUUUGCAUUAAUUGGAAAGCUCUGCUUUGAUAAACUGACAAAUUGCCUAAGUUUAUAAGCAAAAGUUUGUACUGCUUAUUAUUGACUUUCAAGUCAACAGAGCAUCCCUAAGAAGAGGAGAGAACUUAAAAUUGGACCAAUUAGAAAACAGUAUAAAAUUUGCACUUGUUAAACCACUGGAUAUAUGUUAGUACUUUUUUAUUUUUUUACUGAUUUGAAGGUCAUAUUUUCAUUAUGAAAUUUCUAGGAUUCUUAAUUUAUGACUGAUUUUAAAUAAGAUAAUCUCGUGUUUUUUGUAAUCAUGAUGUAAACAUGCAGCGUGGUUUAUGCAAACAAAGAGAAAAAUAAGUUGGCAUUAAAACUGGCCUCCUUUUUGAGGGUGUUCCACCAACCAGCAAUAUCACCAGAAAUUGGCAUGUACAUACUAUACUGCUAGUUUUACUUGUGGGUGGUGAAACAGCACUUCAGUGUUUCACUGCUGUUACUCAGUAACAUUGCAGAAUUAAAGUUCAUAUGUGGAUAUUUUCAGAGAAGUGCCUGAUGUACUUGCAGACACAAGAACAAUCCUUUACUGUUGUAUAAAGCCAUAAAUGUAUAUAAAUUAUGUUUAAAAGGUUUUGUGUCCUUUCGUAUAUAUGGAUUUGUACCAGGAUUCUACUUGUGGUUAGUAAUUAUGCUCUGAUAUUGGAGUAAUUAUAUUUCUUAAAUCAUAAACCUUUUAAUGGUGACAACCCUCUUUUGACAAUCCUGUUGGCAUUAUCAAUUUUAUAUGGAAAAAUACCUUGUGGUACCAAGUCUGGGAGGUCAGCAUGAUAACACCAUGUUAUUUAGCAAACAAUAACUACAAAAUGCUGAAGAAUUUCCUUGAAAUCAAGUAAUGGAAAAUUUUAUUUCUCUUGGAAUUGAUUCUGGAAUUGGAAUUAUAUUGGGUGGAAUAACUUUAUAGGGCUGUGUUACCAGUAUUUUAUCACAACAUAGCGUGCUAAAAGUAACUUGUUUACAAGUCUUUGAGACCAAGCGCAAGAAGAAUCCGUGCCUGACUUUUUUUUGAGUACAUGAGAUUGCUUAUGUAAUGAUUCUGCAUUACUGGAAGCAGCUUUAUGCAGCAUCAAACAUUGUUGCCUUUGGUUCAAGAAGCCUAGUUUAGAGAAAUUUGCAAAAGUCCUGAAAUCCCUUCAGAAUGGGUAUGUGUAAGCAUAAGCUUUUAAUAAAAUUGCUAUGACAUGA